UUGAGCUUUUGAUAAGUUAUCAAUUGAGUGUUUUCCUUCAAAAGACAAAUGAGUGGCUUCCGUCUAAUUGACAUUGCGAAGCCUUUCAUCCCUCUUCUGCCAGAGAUUGAGAUCUCUCCGGAAGCUAUAUCCUUUGACGAUAAAGUGGUGUAUACCAUUGGUUCUGCAUUCAUCUACCUAUUCUUACAGCUUCCUGUGUGCGGAGGCCAAGGCAUAACCAAUGAUCCAUUUGCAUACUUGCGUCCAGUAUUUGCCGCAGAGAGAGGCACACUCUUGGAGUUUGGUGUAUUCCCAAUCAUAUCAUCAGGACUGCUGUUCCAGCUGUUGGCCGGUGUCAAGCUGAUCAAGGUCAACUUGAACUCUGUCAAUGAGAGAACACUGUUCCAAUCGGCUCAGAAGCUCUUUGCCAUAUUCCAAUACUUCUUAUUGACUAAUAUAAUGUUGGCCACUGGAUAUUUCGGUUACUCCCUGUCAAUAACACAAGUGAUCCUGAUCAACGUGCAAAUCGUCGGUGCUGGAACCUUUGUCACAUUAAUUGCAGAAGUUCUGGAUAAAGGUUACGGCUUUGGCUCAGGUGCAAUGUCCUUUAUCGCUGUAAACACCGCAACAAACUUCAUCGCUGACAUCUUGGGAUUCAACACGGUACAAACAGGCUCAGGAUAUCAAUCUCAAGGUGCAAUCAUCAACUUGGUCUCCAAUAUCCGUAACAAAUCUUGGACAAGGGCGAUUUGGGAUUCCUUCACUAGAAAAAACUUGCCAAACUUGACCCAGGCUUAUAUCGUUAUCAUCACCUUGCUCAUUGCAGUGUUUUUGCAAAACUUCAGAAUUGAUCUGCCAAUCAGAUCAAACAGAGUCAGAGGCGCAAGUAACGUUUAUCCAAUCAGACUCUUGUACACCGGAGCCAUGCCAUUGGUGUAUUCAUACGUUGUCCUGUUUUAUCUAAACUUGAUCGGUUACACCAUUGUCAACUUGGGUUUCAGAAACAACCCUUCACACAUUGUUGUCAAAAUCUUGGGCUAUUACUCCUCAUCCCCUUUCACAAACCAAUUCACCGUGGAAUCUCCUUCAGUGAUGUACUUCCUGUCUCCUUCCACAAGUCUCUAUCAGGCAUUAACACACCCUCUUAAGAACAUUGUUUUCUCAGCGAUUGUCAUCAUCACUUCAGCAACCUUUGCAAACACUUGGUGUAUGAUCUCCGGCUCUUCUCCAAGAGAUAUAGCUGCAACUUUUAAAGAACAAGGCAUAUCUCUCGCAGGCCGUAGAGACAUCUCAGUCUCAAAAGAGCUAUCAAGAGUUAUUCCAAUUGCUGCUGUCUCUGGUGCAACUUGUCUAUCUAUCUUGACAAUCGUUGGUGAAUGGUUCGGUGGACGUGGUAAAGGUGCUGCUGUGGCCAUUGCUGUUGCCAUUGCCUUCAGUUUCUUGGAGUUGAUUGCAACUGAAUAUCAACAAGCAGGUGGAUCUCAAAACUUUGGCCAAAUCUUCAACCAAGGAUUGUGA